GACCAGCCGACGAGUCCGAGGACGGAGCCCGACGCGGCUAAGGAGCCCGAGGUGGCCGAAAGGAAGGAGACGGAGUCGGAGGACAGUGCAGCGCCUUCGGUGGCGAAGCGGGAGGCGGAGCAGAGCUCGGAGGGCGAGAAGGCCAAGAAGCUGAAGAAGGAGCGCCGUAGGGCGGAGCGGAGGGCGGAGUCCGAGGAGCGCCGACGCCGGCGGGAGGAAGAAGACCGGGAGCGCAGCAGACGCUUUGAACGGGAGAUGGCGGAGUUGAGUGAGAGCAUCCAGCGCCAGCGAGAGGCGGAAGCGCAACUAUUUGCGGACCGGCUUCGCGAGUGGAGCGACACGCAAGAUCGCUGGUGGCGCGAGGCGCAGGAGGAGAGGGCGCGCCGUCGCCGUGAUGAGGAGGAGGGGGAGGACCGUCGCAACCGAGGGCGCCGGGACCGGCGAGAGGACAGGAGCGAUGAUCGCUGGGAUGAUGGGCGUUAUCGCCGAGACGACAGGCGCGAUGAUCGCCGGGGUGAUGGGCGUGAUCGCCGAGACGACAGGCGCGGCCAUCGCGACCUUGGGCCUGGGCAGUGGCGCCGCUCUGGCGAUGAUGACACGGACGACUCGUGGUAUGGUGGCAGAGGGCGCUCUGGAGGAGCGAGCAGCAGCAGCGACCCCCGUGGCGGGAAGGGCGCCCGUGGUGGCGGCAAAGGAGGAGCGCGCCGGCCGCGAUACGAAAGCUACGUAGGGCGCGAACACGAAGCUCCGGAUGGAACUCCGUUGGAUCGCCGCCGAGGGGGCGCCGUCACGAAGGUCGCCGUGCUGCUGGGCGCGUUUGAACGCGAUGGCUUGAGCGCAGACUUGCUCGACAUGGCAGAGCGCUUCCAAGACGCUUUAAGUGCGCGCACGACGUGGAUUGAGGAUGGGUCGUGGGCAGACAAGCUGCGGCGCUUAGUUAUAGCGAUCGAGAACCAGGACGAGGACAUGGUUCAGGAGCUGCUUUACGACUACACCCACAGGUGCAGUUUCCUGCAGAGCGCCCUGGCCAACAAGAAGUGGGAGGAUUGGCGGCGGCGGGGCUACGAGGAUUAG